GUACGCCAGGCACCGACCACACAUCAACAUCUUCGUCAACCGCAUUUGCAAUAGCUUAACUUCCUUCCAUACCAAUCUCGUGAUAGCAUUGACUCGUUAGGUAGAUAAGAAUACACAUAACUCCGGCUCCCCUCCACACUUUUGCUCAGCUUGAUCAAACCAGUUCCAUCUCAAUCAUCUUCCACUAACUGGAGCUCUCAACAUCGAUUGUCCAACUAACUACUUCAUACUUCUGCAAUCAGAAAGAUUUGAAUAAUGGCGCCUGGAUUACGAAGCGACAGUGCUCGCAAAGGGAAACAGACAAGAGCUAGUACAAGGACUCCUAUCCGCAAAACUUCCCCUGCAGCGAAGAAGAGAAAGACUACAGCAAAGCAGCUUCCCAACAAAGACCUCGAAACACUUCAAUCAAAAACACAACCUCCAUCUUCAUCGCCUCCACAACCCAAAAACCCCCAGGCAUGCCUCCUCGGUCUACCAUGUGAACUACGACUCGAAAUCUACAAGUACGUCUUCGACUCCAGCCUUAUCCACGUCCACCGACACGCCCCAUCCCACGAAGACGAAGACAUCGCCGUAGACGAAAAGUACACCGGCCCCGAAUUCACCUGGACGCCCUGCCGGGAAGUGAACCCGCGCUCUUCUCUCCUGUGCCUCAACCCCAAAUGGUCCGGCCUCUGCCCCGAAUCCUCACGCUGCACCUACCGCCCCCGCAAGCCCACCAUACCCACGGGCUUCGCCGCCCUCACCUGGACCUGCCGCGCCAUCCAGCACGAAGCCCGCGAGUUCUUCCUCCGCAGCACGACCGUCUCCAUCCACCUCACCCACCUCACCCGCUUCCUCACCUUCAUGUCCUCCCACGCGCCCAAGCAACUCGUCCUGAUCCGACGCGUCACACUGACCGGCCCGGAACACUGGGACCACAACUGGGUGUUCCGGACCGCCUUCACGGACCUCAAGUCCCACCUCCCGCACCUCGAAGCCGUCGGCUACCAAGGCCAGGUCUCAAAGUGGACGAUGCGGCCCACGAGGGCUCUCGCCAGCAGCGCCAUACGCCCGCAACCCAUGGCCCUCUGGCGCACCUGGGCGAUGGUAAAUCGCUUCACGGUGUUCGACCGGCGCGUCAGCAUCGCGAUCGAGGGGCUCACGUAUCAUCGCCCGACGCGGUGGAACAACGGCCCUGAGAAGGAGGAGCACUUCGUGUAUCGCGUGUAUCGCGACGGGCGGGACGACGUCGAGGGCGGCGGCCGCGAGAUCCCGUUCGGCCACGCGAUGUCGGCUGCGCAUUUGCUGUACGGGACAGAGGUGAAGGGGCCCGGGUGGACGGAUGAGGAUGUGGAGGUUGAGGUGCAGGAGCCGGGGCUUGUGGAGGGGAAGCGAAAUGCGAAGUGGAGGCAGUGGUGGCGGGAGAAGAGGUUGAAGGCGUUUUAUUGAGCGGUGGUCGUGGUGCGCACGCAGUCAGUUUGUCACCCAGCACGGGAAGUAGAGUAAUUAUAUAUGCAAU